GAAGAGUAUGAAAUGCACACUUUUGUUGGAGCGGCGCCGCGCUUGUGGCGCUCGCCAUUGACUCGCCUGGCUCGCGACGCCGACGCGAGCUCACUGGGGUCGAGCCUUGUUUUCAUUACUCGUUUACAGCUCCUCACUUCUCACUGUGAUUGCAUUUCGGUUUCGUUGCGCCAUGCACAGUGUUUACAUUAAUUUAUUGCAGUGUUUUUCGUUGUUUUUAAUUUUUUUUAAACGUUACAGAGGAUGUAACUAAGUGAGCACUUCUCACACUCUGUGCCGAAACGAAGGUGUCGCGACAUACUAAGCCUGGGGCUCUUCACUGUGUGAUCGGGCUCAAUGAGUCCCCAAACUUAACGAAAAAGGUGCUUAUGGCAAUUUUUUUUUUGAAUUUUUCAAAAAUCUUGCCUCACGAUAAUUCGCAAAAUUAUUUAACUCUUAUUUUCUUUAAGGGAAUUGAUGUGCAGUUCUUUAAACUGUGAAAUAUCUCUCAGAAAUGGCCAGCCCGUGUGCAGAGCAGGGCUGUUUCUCGGACGUCAGAAAGGUGGGUUAUUUAAGGAAACCCAAAAGCAUGCACAAGAGGUUUUUUGUCCUGCGGACUGCGAGUGCCUCGGGACCCUCCAGGCUGGAAUAUUACGAAAACGAGAAAAAGUGGAGACACAAGUCGGCUGCGCCCAAAAGGUCCAUUCCCCUCGAAAGCUGCUUUAACAUUAACAAGCGAGCCGAUUCCAAAAACAAGUACCUGGUGGCCCUUUACACUAAGGACGAGUACUUUGCCAUAGCAGCGGACAGCGAACAAGAGCAGGACGCCUGGUACCAAGCGCUGGUGUCCCUGCACAACCGGGGCAAGGUGCACGAGCGUUCUGGGGGGCCCAUAGCUGGGGAGGACUAUGGGGAGCUCACGCCUGGACCGGCCUUCCGAGAGGUCUGGCAGGUCAUUUUGAAACCAAAGGGCUUGGGGCAAAUUAAAAACCUGGUUGGAAUCUACAGAUUGUGCCUGACUAACAAGACUAUCAGCUUUGUGAAGCUGAACUCGGACGCCGCCGCCGUGGUGCUGCAGCUGAUGAACAUCAGGCGGUGCGGCCAUUCCGAAAACUACUUCUUCAUCGAAGUCGGCCGAUCCGCUGUCACCGGGCCGGGUGAGUUUUGGAUGCAAGUGGAUGAUUCCGUUGUAGCUCAGAAUAUGCAUGAAACCAUCUUGGAGGCAAUGAAAGCCAUGAGUGAGGAUUUUCGCCCCCGGAGUAAAAGUCAGUCCUCGUCCAACUGCUCCAAUCCCAUCUCUGUGCCUCUGAGAAGGCACCACCACAACAACCCUCCUCCCAGCCAGGUGGGGUUGGGUCGACGGUCACGAGCGGAGAGCGUCACUGCCAGUUCUCCUGCCGGACAGGGGAAGCACAGUAACUCUUUCAGGGUACGGGCUUCCAGCGAUGGGGAAGGGACCAUGUCCCGUCCAGCAUCGGUGGACGGGAGCCCAGGGAGCCCUGCCGCAGCCCGGAUCCACUCUCAUCGACCCAGAGGUACGUCCCGGCUCCACCCACCCCUCAACCAUAGCCGCUCCAUCCCCAUGCCCUCUGCGAGAUGUUCACCCUCCGCUACCAGUCCGGUCAGCCUCUCAUCCAGCAGCACCAGUGGCCAUGGUUCCACUUCAGAUUGCCUAUACCCGCGGCGUUCCAGCGCUUCAGUUUCUGGCUCUCCAAGUGAUGGAGGCUUCAUUUCCUCUGACGAAUAUGGCUCCAGCCCCUGUGAUUUCAGGGGCUCGUUCCGCAGCGUAACUCCGGACUCUCUGGGACACACGCCGCCUGCUAGAGAGGAGGAACUUAGCAACUACAUGAGCAUGGACACGCCGGGCCUCCAGUUGAAUGGUCCUGGCCGUGUCCAGUCGCGCUGCACACCCUCUUUCCUGGAGGAGCCGGAGCUGGAGAAGGGUUUCAGGAAGCGCACGCACUCCUCAGGUACCUCACCCCCAACUGUCUGCCAUCAAAAUACUCCUCCUCAGUCAUCUACAGAGUCAUACACCGUAAUGAUGCCAGUGCAGCAGUGUGCAAGGAUGCCAGUGCAUAGGCAGUCUGCAUUCAUAGCCACACAGUCAUACCCUGAGGAGGGUCUGGACUUGCAGCUGGAGAGCAGUAGGGCAGGUCACAAAGACGAUGGGUACAUGCCCAUGUCUCCCGGUGUGGCUCCUGUGCCUAACAAGAGUGAUGACUAUAUGCCAAUGAGCCCCAAAAGUGUGUCGGCUCCCCAGCAGAUAAUCAAUCCUCGCCCACACCCCCGAGUGGACUCCAAUGGCUACAUGAUGAUGUCACCCAGCGGGAGCUGUUCCCCAGACACUAACUACAGCAAAAUCUGGACAAACGGGGCCAAUCCCAAGCUGUCAGUUGAAAGCAGUGAAGGGAAGACGUCCUGUGGAGACUACAUUAACAUGUCCCCAGCCAGCUGUUCGACCACCAGCACUCCACCAGACUGCUACUUUAACUCAGUGGAUGAGCCGCGCAAACCUCUCCAGUCUUACUUUUCUCUCCCGCGCUCAUUUAGGCAUGGCCAGAGGAAGAAUGAGCAGAAUCCUGUGCGUUUGUCUGUCAGUUCUGGCCGGCUUGCCUACGGAGACUCCUCAUCAUCAUCCACUAGCAGUGACAGCCUUGGGGGACAGGGUGGUGGGCAGCCAGCGGUCAAACCCAAGAAGCCAGAGUGCGAUGGCCAGCUGAUGCGGCCAACCCGCCUCUCAUUGGAUGGUCACAAAGCAAGCACUCUCCCACGUGCGAGGGAGAGCCCCUUUUUGCCAGAGCCCAAAAGCCCGGGAGAAUACGUCAACAUUGAGUUCAAUGACAAGUCAUUCUCUGCAAGCCUGGCUUCCCUCUUUUCACCUGUGUUUUUGGAUGGCAGCUCGGAAGGGCUGGAGCAGCAGCCUUCUGAAUACAUGAACAUGGAUCUGGGAGGUCUGGGGAGGAAGCCUAACAGCACAUCCAAGUCAUCAGCCUCCACAGACAACUGUGCAAUGGUGGCCACACCUCCCCCUUCUGCGGUUGAUUGCGAGGGCCUGCAGAGCUGUGACUAUGUCAGCAUGCAGCUGGGACCCUCUUGCGUGAGCCACUCGGAGGAGCAAGGGAUUCUUAACUACUCGGAAAUGAGCGGGUCUGCACACAAAGUGCCGCCGAGGUCCAUGUCACCCAAUCGGGACCCUGCUGUUCUUAAUGGAUGCCCUGGACUCAUGAGUCAAAUGUCAGGCUUAAGUGCGUUCUCCAGAGUGAAUUCCAUUCCCAAUCACAACCAGGGUGCCCGAGUGAUUAGGGUGGACCCCCAGGGCCGCCGACGGCACAGCUCGGAGACAUUUUCAUCCACAAGCAUGGCAAGUGGCGUGACGACACCACCUAGCAUGGAAGAUGUAAAGCGCCAUAGCUCUGCGUCGUUUGAGAAUGUGUGGCUGAAGCCUGGUGAGCCAGCAGGUAGUGGCAAGAGGGGUUUGCCUGCCGGCACUUUACCUUCCUUCCAGAAUGGCCUCAACUACAUUGAUCUGGACCUGUUGAAGGACCAGAAUCCUGUGGAGUGGAAUUCUCUCCAGGCAAAACCUUUGAAUCCACAAAAUGGCAGUAACUCUGAUGACCUGAGCACGUAUGCAAGCAUUACCUUCCAGAAACAAGAUGAUGUGAGAAAUGAAGGUUGCCUUAGUGGAUUCGGAGAUGAGAACGAAAUUCAAGGGCAUAAGGGCAUCCCACAAAAUACCAUGUACCUGCAUCUGCACACACUGCAAAAACAGAAUGAAGAUGUGGUGUCACCAUCACCUACACUGUAAACUCACCCUCCUCUGCCAUAAACUGGACCUCAUGCCUUCGCGCUGCUUGCGGAACCGAGCAGCAGCCUGCAGUACUCUCCUCAGGACGUGGUGGCCGUACAGGCAGCACUCUGACUCCUCACCAGUCCACCACAGCUCCUCUGCCUGCUCCUUCUCAUUGUUGAAAGUCAUGACCUUUUUUGAUGUUUUAUUUGACUUCCAAGUCAGAGUAGUUUAGGGCCUGUCAGUCUUGCAGUGGGUUUUUUUUCCCUUCUCUUUUAGGAGUCUAACAGCUGAUCUCAUUCUACAUCAUUCUCUUCCCAUUAUUCCAAACAGAGAAGGGGCCUGUGAAGAAAAUCCUUUGACACUUGAUCAUUACACAGGAUAUUCUGAUAAUAAUGCUCACAUUUUCCUCAAAUUCUUUGGGACACUGCAGUUUUUGCCUUUUUUUUUUUUUUUAUAGGUAUUGACAGCAUUGUGGAUGCUGUGAAAGGUAUAUCAGAUCCGUGUCAUAAUGUCACAUGGCUUUACCAAUUUUCUGAGUGAGUUUAACCUUGUACUGUUAGUUGUGGCUUCUAAGACUCCCUUUAAUUCAGUGUUUUUUCUGUAGCUUAUUGUGUUCCUGUGAGUCAGAUCAUAUUUUGACAUUCUUUGCACUGGCCAAAGGUUUAAUCUGCAAAAAAGCAGCUAUAAACUCAAGUGUUGAAAUUGAUAUGCCAAUGAAAAGAAAUGUCAGUUAUAUCAUAUUUCUAAUGAUAUUGUCCUUAUAACUUACUGAUAAUAGGGCUGGAACCCAUAUUUUCUUACAUUUUUUUUUUUUUUUUUUUCCUUCAGCUUAUGUAUAGCCCCCAGAAAUGCCUGGCUGAGACACUUACCUUUGCAGCAGGGGAGUCACAACACAAAAUAAGGUCACAAUAUUUGUGUCAAUUGCUGCUGAUAAUAUUGACAAAUGUUCUUUGUAAAUGAUUGCAUAUAUAAAUGUCAUUCAUGUUUGUAUGAGAAUUGAAUAUAUUAAUGUGCUAUUUGCAGUUUUCAGUUUUUUUGGAACUGAGGUGUAUAUUUCCACUUUUUUUUCUUUUUUUUUUUUUUUUAAAUAGAAAAAAAUGUCUUAUUGAAUGGUACGCGUAGAUAACGGUUCAGCUCUGUUCUGAAAGUGUUGCCAACCUGUUGUAUAAUGCUGAGCAGCUUGCAAAUGUUACUCUGGGGCCCCUUGUCCAUCACCGGGCUGGUGGACCAUUGUAUGUCGGUCGCCUCCAAUCUGACAGAUCUCAGCCCUUGAACACAGGGCUGAAUGCAAACCUGCCAGUCUUCAGUCCAGUCUUCCAGUGUAUAUAGUGUACAGAAAGUACAGAUAAAAUGAGUGAAUGAAUGAACAGAAAAAUAAAGCAGAACUGAAAAUGAGUGAAUGAAUGUACAAGUACAAGCAGAUGUACAAAGUAAGCGUCACCAGCAGAGUAUGUGGUGCCUUGUGUAGAAUCCCCCUUUCCCAGAGAGAAAAGAUGCAGUCUCCACCAUGACCCUCUCCCUUCUCACAUUGCUCCAAAGGAGAUAACAUUGAGGUGUUUGUACAUUCUCUAAAUUCUGUAAUAAAGUAGAAAUGUUUUAUCUUUUUCUUGAACAUUGGUGUCAGUCUUUUCUGCAGCAAUGGUGUUUAACCUGUUGGACCCACACUGUUUAGCCAAUUUAUUCAAAUACAUUUUUCUGUUGUU